UGUCUCAUCACGUGGCUUUAAGACCUAUGGUUUCUAUGGCAGCCGCCAGUUAUGUCCGGAAGAAACACCAUCAUCAUUAUCCAAUGGUGCAGCGUCAAGAAAGUUGAAAAAAAUAUAUAGAAAUCCAUGAUGGAGACAUCUUCUCGUGAUCAAGCUGGUGGAGGUCUGUGGAACUGUCCUAGAACCAGUACAGCAAGGAGAUUCAGGACAUACUGAAAUUAAUGAUGCAAGAGUCGAGACUCACCAACUUCCAGCAAAGACAGCUCAAUGACAAACUUAAGAAGGGAUCAGCUUUGCCAUUGACCUGCAACCCCACAUCAUCGGCUCCACCUUCACUGCCCAAACCCAAAGUCGUAAAAAAUAGCACAAACCGCACUCCAGCCAAGCCCCUGGGGCGCACCGCUGACAAUUGUAGUUCUGGGGAUAACUACACCAGAGAUAGGUUCCGCCCCAGUGCCACACGAGAUUUAGAGAAGGAGAGAGAGCUCCAGGCUACGGGGCAGGAGGAACCCAGACCCAGUCGUCCCAGGAACAUUUCCCUGGACCAGGGCCCAGAGGAGGAGAGGGACCGCUUCCAGGAGGUUUUGGAUGAGAUUGAGGAGAGGAAGGAGUUUCUGGAGGAGAUGACAGCCCUGGGGAAAGGGAAGCAGUAUCGCAUCAUCAACACAGAGAUCUCACAGAAAAUCCACGAGCUGGAGGUGAUUGACAAGGCCCGCAGAGCUGAGGACCAUUAUGCCAGAGAAGAAGACUGAGUGACAGAGAGGAAUACUCAUCUACUGACUCUGCUGAAUGGAUCUACUAUACUGCUAAUACUCUCCUACAGAAAAUACACUGCUCAGGAAUUCAAACUUGGAUACUAGUCUUCAUUUGUGCAUAAUGCUUGUUCAAAUUAUGGCAUGGUAACAAAUGUUGCUGGGAAGAUCCCAAUGCAUCCUUGUCAAACUGUGAAAAAGCAUUGUACUGUACAUUAAAAUAUGACCACACAUCUUUUUAGCGG